AUGUUUCAUGUACGUGUGUUCGGUUUCUUUGGACAGUUUCAGCAUCUGAAGUUGAACGAAGCGCCCCAAAAGUUUGGUGAUGGCCCCUUCUUCUUCCAGAGCAACCAGUACCUUAAGGGUGACCCCCUCUUUUAUCACUCCGCAUCUUUGCCCUCUAGCAACACAGCCAAUCAUAACAACUUUCGGCGACACUACCGAAAUACUAACAAUAAUAACAGCACGAACAAUAAUGUUGGCAGUGGUACAUGGAAGUCCAACUUCAAGACUGAAGAAGAGCUCUUCGGGGCCGCAAAGGCUACCAUAAACAUGCAGUUGUACGAUAGCAUACCAGUAAAGCAGUCGGGUCCGGACUGGACUGCUAUUGAUCCGCUGGCAUCCUUCAGUGAUGUCGAGUUGCAUCAAAUCUUGAUGGACAACAUUGAGCGGGCCCAGUAUACGCAUCCGACUCCUGUGCAGAAAUAUGCCCUGCCCAUUGUACUGGCAAAACGUGACCUAAUGGCUUGUGCCCAAACCGGUUCUGGCAAGACAGCUGCCUUUCUGCUGCCGAUUCUGCACAUGAUGCUGCAACCAAAUGUAUCGGAUGAAGUUGAGGAUUCGACCCCAACACCCAGCGGAAUGACCUGCCCUUCGUGUCUCAUUCUGGCACCCACCCGAGAAUUGUCAUGUCAAAUCUAUGAUGAGGCUAGGCGGUUCUCCUAUCACUCGGACCUCAAAACCUGUGUAGUCUAUGGUGGAGCGCCCGUGAGCAAUCAGAUGCGAGAUCUCUCUCGGGGUUGCGACUUGUUGGUCGCUACUCCUGGCCGCCUUGUUGACAUGAUUAGCCGCGAAAAAGUGACUCUAAAAUCCAUCAGAUUCCUCGUUCUCGAUGAAGCUGACCGUAUGCUUGAUAUGGGCUUUGAGCCGCAAAUUCGAAAGAUUGUUGAACAAACUGGGAUGCCCAAAUCAGACAAGCGUCAGACGCUCAUGUUUUCAGCCACCUUUCCCACCGAGAUUCAGACUUUGGCAAAGGAUUUCCUGAACAGUUACAUUUUUCUGGCUGUGGGACGCGUCGGCAGCACCAGCGAAAAUAUCUCUCAGGAAGUUUUCUACAUCUCCGACAAAGACAAACCUGAACUUCUUGUGCGGAUUCUAAGGGAGAAAGAACCGCAGGCACUCGCAUUAGUCUUUGUGGAGACUAAGAAGGGUGCCGAUCUGCUCGCUCAGUACCUCAGCCGCCUCCAGUUCCCCGUCUCCUCCAUCCACGGCGACCGUCCCCAGGCAGACCGUGAGAGGGCCCUGUCCUCUUUCCGAUCUGGCCGCACACCUGUGCUAAUCGCCACGGCGGUCGCGGCUCGAGGUCUGGACAUACCUAACGUAAAGGUAUUUCCGAAAGUCCUUGGAGUGGUCUCCUUUUUUUUACCAGUACCUCUACUUGCCCACUUUUCACUUUUUUCGCCAAUCUCACUUGUGAACAGCCAUCCACUCAGCCAGGGGAACUGUUGA